GACUCAGAUCCCACCAGUCAGAAUGCAGCAUUUUGUCUAAUGUGACUGUACUGCCCUGGACAAAUACAACUGAGGCAGCACCUGCUCUGCCAGAAUCUCCCUCUGUCUCUGUCUCUCGAGUUGCUUUUCUCUUUUCCCCUCCCUUCAUCCAUUAAGUGAGUGCGUGAGCUACGAUCUGGUUGAAGGAUAUCCAAACCAUUCAUUUUAGCAUGAGCCAGAACCUGUUUGUUUGUGGAGUGAUAUUGGAUUAUAUAUUUUUCUGUAAAUGUGUAUGGUGAUAUUUGCUCCGAUUUUUGCAAUCUUUGCAUUUGCAACAUGUGGUGGAUACUCGGGGGCACUGAAAGUCAGUGUGGACUGUGCCAACAAAUCGGAAAGUAACCUCAACAUCGAGAUAGGAUUUUCAUAUCCUUUCAGGUUGCACCAAGUGUACUUCGAUGCCCCUACUUGUGAGGAGAAGAAGCAGGAGAGGCUUUUUCUGGCAGGAGACUAUUCCUCAUCCGCGGAGUUCUUUGUGACCAUUGCUGUCUUUGCGUUCCUGUACUCACUGGCUGCCACCGUGGUCUACAUCUUCUUUCAGAAUAAGUACCGUGAAAACAACAGAGGGCCCCUGGUUGAUUUCAUUGUGACUGUGGUCUUCUCGUUCCUGUGGCUUGUAGGAUCGUCGGCUUGGGCAAAGGGUCUCUCGGACGUCAAGUUUGCCACGGACCCUGAUGAAGUGCUUUUACUAAUGUCGGCUUGCAAACUGCAAGGCAACAAAUGCUUACCUGUCCGACACCCAGCAAUGUCAGGAUUAAACACCUCUGUUGUGUUUGGAUUUCUUAACUUCAUCCUGUGGGCUGGCAACAUUUGGUUUGUCUUCAAGGAGACGGGUUGGCACGCAUCAGGCCCGCGACACUCCCAAAGCACCAUGGAGAAGCAGCCCGCCCCGACUGGAUUCAACCAACCGUACAGCCAGGGUUCCAGCGAUCAAGAGAGCUUCGGUCAAACUGCCGGGUACAACCAACAGGGCUACGGACAGCAACCAGGCUUUGGCCAACAAGCAUCUUACGGUCAAAUUGGAGGCUACAGUCAGGGUGGCUACAACCAACAGCCUCCUCCAACCUCUUUCACAAAUCAAAUGUAACCCCCCACCCCCCCAAUGUCAUGUUGAUGUGCUUAUAGUCCCAGAUCUCCAUGUGCCAAGUCUUCAGUUAGAGUCCAUUCACAAAAAAUGGCAUUCAUAUCGGUAUUGAGAAAUAUCAGUAGAAAGUGAUGGUGGUUUCAAAUAUCUGUGAAUAAUGGUGUCCCAGUGUUCAAAUAUUAAUAUGGUGAUUUGAGUAUUGAUUGUUACAAUGGGUAAACUCCGCUUUACCAAAUACCUCUGUGGUGAUCGUCACUUUUUUAAAUGUUGUACUGAAAUGGUGAAACCUGUUAACACGCACAAGCUGUGCUUUGCUUGUUCACUGUCCAUUCCUGCCGUCUGUGGUAGACUAUCCCAAAGCAAACCGAGGUCAAGUCGAAUGAAUCUAGUUGCGUUUGGGUGAGAAGUUCAUGUUCCCCUUGCUGACUGUUAAAAAUACAUUGCAUUGUACUUAAAAAUAGCUUAUGCAUGAAGAUUAUUGUACCUUCUCCACUCCGUGGCCUACUUUGAUGUGGUGAUACUUAAAGGCACCUUAUGUGAUGUCAGUAGAACAAAUAUGUUUACACUAGAAUAAGACUUACCUUCGUAUGUUCACUUUUAAUGAAUGCAUUUUGUUAAAAAAAGUAUGUCUUUACAUGUUUGAAUUGAAAAUAUAUUUUUGUUUAUUUAUGAGUAAGGAAUUUGUAAAUGUGGUUUUAUCCAGCAUGCAAAAUACAUAGUGUAUUUGUACUAUCUUCUAAUUCACUGCAGUGGUUAAAAUGACUGCAUCUGACAAUCCUAAACUAUUGAGAACUUUACAAUGGAAAUGGCUUAAUUUUUAUGAAUGAAAGAUACAGCCGGCUUCUGCAGCUUGCCACCGUUAGACCUUCUGGUGAAUCCUUGGUGCAGUCAGUUAUGUAACUGCUAGCAAUGUAGUGUCUGUGUUACCACAUUAAUGAAGCAGUGGUUAUAGAAGUACUGGAUGUAUAUAUGUGUGUAGAAGUGUUAAUAUAUUACAUAGAUCUUUUGGCACUAGCUACAGAUAUUAAAGCACAACGCAACUAUUGUUCCUUACUGUCUUUCCAACGUUUAGUUUCUGAGGUAUCGUGCUUAUGUUGAAAGUAGGUGUGUGAAUGUAUUCACCGUAAUCUCUAGUGUAUGUGACCAAAACCAUUGAUCUAACAAUGUAAAUCAGUUGGCAAACCUCUAUAACUAGUUGCAUGAUUUACACAGGACAAUCUUAAUGAUCUGCACGUCCUAGCGAUAUGUGUCGUGUCGUACCAGAUCUUAAUGGACCAUAUUUACAGUCAAAACAAUCGUGAAGUUCCUCGUGUGUAAGACGGAACUGCAGAUGCUGGUUGUCACCGAAGCUAGACACAAAAUGCUGGAGUGACUCAGCGGGUCAGGCAGCAUCUCUGGAGAAAAGGAAUAGGUGACAUUUCGGGUCGAUGAAGAAUCUCAACCUAUUCCUUCCUCCGGAGAUGCUGCCUGACCCAUUCAGUUACUCCGUCCGUCAUGUUGUGUCUAUCUCCCGUGGAGUUCGCAAUGGUGCUCAAAAUUAUCUACACAAGAACGAUACAGCAGCUAUAGAUGAGGGGCAACGUUACAAUGGGGUACAAACUGUUUCAAACUGAAAUGUAGCGCUUUGAAUUUCGCCCGGCACAAACAGCACACGUUCACACUGUGUCACACAUUGUAGCCAUGCUGUAUUUUACGCAAGCUAAACUUGCUGUCAGGAUUCACAUCACAUCUAUAUGGAUAGGACAGGUUUGGAGGGAUAUGGACCAAACGUGGGACUAGUGUAGCUGGGACAUAUAUGGGAAAGUUGGGCCGAAGGGCCUGUUUCCACACUAUGACAUCAGUGGGUUCCCCUGUAACAAUAAAGCAUUAAUUAAUGUCAAUAUCACUAUGCUGUAUCCAUCCCUAAUCCCCACCCCUAACCCUAGAAUGAUCUUUUUUUCCAGGGAUGGAUCAUAACUCAGUCAGAUUCCAAAAGUGAGAGGAUAUAGAUUUUGUUUUAAUUUUUUAUUAGGCUAAUCUUGUAUUCUGUUUUUUUUGUACCUGAUUUUAGUUAAAUUCAGUCUCUUUAAUUGACUUUUCAUUCUCAGUCAAUGUGUUGUUAACUGUACAAUCCUUAAAUCUGUUUGGUUCUGGAGACCCACCUUGCUGACCAUGUUCACGCUAGGCCUAGAUACACCAUAUCACUGGUUAGAAUCACAUCAGCUCGUAUAGGCGAUCUGGCACUUGGGACACAAAUGGACUCGGAGAGCUCAGUAUAAUCUCGACAGCAAUGUAAGGUCCACAAUGAUUGAACUGGAGAGGCCCAUAUCGCUGCAUAGAGUGGUUAUAAAUCAGGAGGCUUAAGGUAGUGAAUGGAAGGAUCGGAGGAAUAUUGAGGACAAAAGGCAGGGGUUUGGAAGACACCUUCUGAAAAGCUGGUAGACAAAAUUGCUGGAGAAACUCAGCGGGUGCGGCAGCAUCUAUGGAGCGAAGGAAAUAGGCAACGUUUCGGGCCGAAACCCUUCUUCAGACCGAAAAUUCAGACCCAUCUUCAUCUGAAAGGAUGGUUGAGGCAGAUGCCGUCACCGUAUUUGAACCAUGCUUGAAUGACGAAGCACAGAAUAUCAGUGGGUGUUUUCACAGCAGAGACGGACAGAUUCCUGAUUAGUACGGGAGUCAAGGGUUGUGGAGAGAAGAGAGGAGGAUGCGGUUGAGAGGGAAAGAUAGAUGGGCCAUGAUUGAAUGGCGGAGUAGACGCGAUGGGCCGAAUGGGCCUGAUUCUACUCCUUUGACUUAUGAACUGUGAUAGGUUGUGAUCUGCAAGGUGGCGGAUGUCGACGGUGGGAGUAGACUAUUAUUUCUUAUUCCAUCUGCCUCAGGCUCAAUAGCUUAAAAUGGCCUCUUGUGUGGUAAUACAUUUCAACAAGUGUAACGUCACUAUUUUCCUCUGCACCAGAACAAAUUGUUUAACCAUUAGCAGAAUAUUAAAGCUUCUUCUAACACACGGUAUUACACACUGCCCAGAACCAAAGUUGCCUCAACUGAACAAGAGUUUAAACCAGUGACAUUGUUGAGUUUGUGUCCAUAUAAUAUUUUAAUAAUCCAAGAGAGAAAAAAAAGAAAGUAUUUGGCUAAAAUGGGAUUUUUAUGAAAUAAUUUCAUACAAAUUUUUAAACUAAAAAUGACAAGUUUUGUGUUGCUCUCAUCAAAACCUUUAGAUUCAGUUUUUUAACAAAAAGCUGAACUGUGUACUUGGCUAAUGCUUAAUCUUGGUGUCAAGCAGCAGUAUUAUUGUUUGAUGUUCAUUGUAUCUGGAUGUGAUUUCUUUGUUCGCUGUGAGUAGCAUACAUUGUGAUUUCAACUAUAUUAUCAAAUUAAAGUACAAUACUGCAUUCAAGUG